AUGCCUCGCGGGGGAGCGAAGAAGGCGAGCCGAGGCCUGGAGACUGGACACAAACCCCGACGCUGGACGCGAACCCCAACUCGUUGGCGGCGCCCAGGGAAGUCGGCGCCUGCGCCGAGUGAGAGCUGCUGCAAGCCGCGCGCAUGCGUGCUGGGCGGUCAUCCUUGGUCGGGUCCGGUAGGAACACGGCGCCCUCGGGCUCCCGGUUCCGUGCCUGCUCUAGCCGUUUCCGCUUUGAUCGGAAGUGAGAAGCGCGACCUGGGCUCCAUCGUCCGGGGCUGGGGUCAGGCCUGGAGCCUCCCGGCCUCUGAGUGCCCCGGGCUGGGCCGGAUGGACCGCGAGACGCGCGCCCUAGCCGAACGCUACUUCCGAGGCGGCGGGCGUGGCGACCCCAGCUGCAGCCAGGUCCUGGGACGCGUGGCCUUUAUUUCAGAACCCGCCUCUUUCUCCUACGCUGACUUCGUCCGCAGCUUCCUGCUGCCCAACCUUCCCUGCGUGUUUUCUAGCGCCUUCACCGAGGGCUGGGGCGGCCGGCGGCUCUGGGUGACGCCCACGGGCAGGCCAGACUUCGACCACCUGCUGCGGGCCUACGGGACUCCUCAGCAGAGGAUGUGUUCACCUUGCCUGUGUACUUCUCGUCUGACUGGCUGAACGAGUUCUGGGAUGCCCUGGAUGUGGAUGACUACCGAUUUGUCUAUGCUGGGCCCAAGGGCAGCUG